AAAGCACGAGAUUUUAGUAACGGGGAAAGCCGAGCGUUUGUGUUUCCUCGUUUGCUAGCGGUUAAUUUUUCUUUUGCGGAGGAAGAAAGUGAACACGGAAUGUUUGAUUUAUUACAAUGAAGAACUUAAAUGGAAAGGUGAUUUCUGAAACACUAUAAGUCAUGGAUACUGAAAGUGAUAUUCCGGCUGCUACUAUGUCAUCCCCUGUGCAAGAGGAGGACCCUACAAAUCAUAAUGAAGGAGGAGGUGCAAUAGAGAACAGACUACAUUCUGCAUCAGAAGAUCAUGAACAUAAAGCAGAUCCUUUAAAUGGAGACCAUGGUUCUCCGGGUUCUGACAGGGGAAGGGGCUCGAGGUCACGAUCUGGAAGCAAGUCACCUGGGUCCCCUUCCUCACCCAUGGUAAAAGAUGGUAACGGUGUUGAUAAAAAGAAGCGGAUCGACAAAUCGCACUCCAGAAGCCGGUCAAGGUCACGGUCAUUCUCGCCACGACGAAAGAAACACUCCAGGUCCCGCACUCCCAAAAGGAAGAAACGUUCACGCUCUCGGUCGCCGAAGCGAAGGAGACGAUCUCGUUCGAGGAGUCCGAAGCGGCGGUCAAGGUCAAGGUCACCGUCACGCAGCAGCAAGCGAAGAUCCCGCUCUAGGACACCACGGAAGAAACGGAGGUCGCGCUCGCCCCGGAAGAAGUCCCGAUCUCCAAGAAGGCGGCAUUCAAGAUCGCCCUCUCCUGGAAAGAGGCGUAAAAGGUCACAUACUCCAAAGAAGAAGAAGAGGUCACGAUCCAGAUCUCAUUCCAAAGAGAAGAGAAGAGCUAGAAGUAGGAGUAAAGAUCGUCGCAGAAAUAAACGGAAAACAAGUUAUCGCAGUCGAAGUAGAAGCCAUUCCACCAGCAAGAGCAGAAGUCCCUCUCAGCGCCCUCUUUCCCCACAGAUCAAGUCACGCCACUCCCGCAGCCCGAGCUCCUCAUCCGGAGACGAAAGCGGAGCAGAGAAAAGGACAUCCUCUCCUGCUAAAGCUAGCAAGCGGCGCUCAUCUACCUACAAGAAGAAGAAGAAAAGGACAAGGUCGAUAUCAAGGUCGCGGUCAAGGUCAAAGGAAAGACGCAGGAGGCGGAGCAGGUCGAGGGAGAAGAGAAGGAAAUCCCCUGCAAGGUCACGAAGGUCACGAUCCCACUCAAGGUCAAAGAGGAGGUCGCCACCUCGCCGCAGGACAAGGUCCAGGACUCCUCCGAGACGUCGUCGAUCACCCGGUAGAAAGUCGCACAGACGUCGGUCUCGCAGCCGAUCUCCCGUGAAGCAUCGUCGGAAGUCAUACUCGUCGUCGGACAGCGACACGGCGAUGAACGCCCAAGAGCAGCUCUCCAGGAGACUGGAACGUGCCAAGCAACUACAGGACGAGAGAGAGAAGAGAGAGAAGGAGCAGAAGAAGAAAGAACUGAAGGAGGAGGAAGAGGAGGAGAAGGUGGAAGAUAAGAUACCUUCUGCUCAGAAAGCAGCAGCAGCAAUAGCAGCAGCUCUGAAUGCUGCUGCUAACCCUGUAGCUCUGGCAGCUGCCUCCACUGUCAACCCUCAGAUAGCUCUACAGGCAGCAGCUGCUGCUGUACAUGCUCAGGUUCUUGCUCAGACAGGUAUAGCCGUGCCAAACUUCUACAACCCAAUGGCUGUCAACCCCGUCCACUAUGCAGAGCAGGAGAAGAAAAGAAAACAACUCUGGGCUAAGAAGCCAGAAGCGAAAACUGAGAAUGCACCUUCAAGCAACAACUGGGAGAAGACAUCAUUUGGUGAUACAGCUACCCAGGACAAGUUUAGACGCCUCAUGGGUAUCAAAGGUGCUGCAGCACAAGCAACAGCUGAUGGCAAUGAGGGCACCAACUUAAUGGAUCAGUUAGAUCACGACUAUCAGACAGCUCGCAUCAAGACACAUACCCAACGUAGCUUUGGUCUAGGGUUUGGGUCCCUCUACUCUAUGCCAACACAGCAAGUAGCUGCACCUUCUACUGCAACGUCCAGCAAUGAUCCAACCAAGAAAGAGUGAUUCAAAUUUUUGAAUGAGCUUUUGUUUAGGCUUUACAACUGUAGGACCUGCAUAGUACUUGCCAGAGACGUCUGAAUGGCCAAUCCUGGUUUGAGAUGGGCACAGUAUGGCCAAUAUUGCUUUGUUGGCCAAGCACAAAAUAAAAGAAUUUCUGACCAACUAAUACCACAUUGGCAAAACUUUGUUUAAUGGUGGCUCUGGUAGUUUCACCUACUAAAGCUACAUCUGGUACAGAUCUACCCCCAAAGUGUGAUCCAAUAUUCUGUGGCUGUUGUACAUGGUUAUGGCGCAUGUUCAUUUGAUCUUAAUUUCUUUAAAAAUAACAGAUGUUGGUUCCAUCAAAAUUGCUGCAUUCUUUUGAAAGACUUUUAUUUUUGUCGUGUAAUACUUAGAACCAUACUGCAGUUUGAUAAACACUGAUUGCCUAUUGAGGGCAAAGCAGAACUUAUUGACUCCCUGUUAAAGGAUGUGAGUUAUACCCUUCUGCUUUUCAGUAGACAUGAUAUUCAAUCAGAAUGGAUGAUCAUUGAAGACUAGGUUUUGCUCAACCUUUUCAAUGUACAGAUGCCAAGGUUGGGUCUCAAGUCACCUUGUAAAUAUUGAAAAAUUACUCUUCUGUUUUGUAAUUUCAUGAAUUCUACUGCUGUACAUAUGAAGGUCAUUUUUAUGAAACAUUUACUCUUUGCAGUCACAGCUCACAACAUUAAUUUUCUUUAUUGUUUUCAUAUUGUACUUGUCAUUAACCAAAAACAAGCCGGAAAUUAAUGAAAAUACACAGUAAUUUUUUAAUGCUUAAACUUAUGAAUGUUUCUUAGAAGCCUAUUUCCUGUACAGAUGGGAGAGGCUAUCCUAUAUUGACAUUUUGGAAGCAUGAUACUGCACAGUAUUGUAUAUAGAUCAUAAUGGGCAAAAAACAACAUCAAAAGAAAGAAAACGAUCACAAACCAAGUGAGCAAUCAUUUGCAACUUUGUAGUUAUCUGAAGUGAAGUGAUAAAUCUAUUUAAACAAAGCAUGUGAUCAAAUGCUUGCAAACAUAUAUAUCUAAAUAUAUAUAUAUGUACACGUAUAUAUGGAUUAGAUUCACAUAUAGUUUGUUUCUGAGAACAACAUACCACCAUAUUUUGUUUUUAUUUCCACUCUUGUUUGAACACCAUUACCUGUAGAACAGUUUCACGUUAUCACAUUAGGAAAGUAAUGCCAUUUAUACAACAUUGUAAGCUUAUUGACACAUUUUUUUGUGUGUUACCUAUUAAUAAUGUGUAAAAGGUGUGUAUGAUUACCGGUAAUCAAGAUAAAUGGUCAACUUUGUAAGGCCAGAGAGUCUUUCUGUAAGCUUGGAGUCCAAUCUAUGCUUAAGCAACUUCAUUGAAUUGACAUUUAAUAUGGUGACAUUUGCUCAAGGCUCUAUGUCAAAGAUUUGGAUUAUGUUUAGGAUUGCACUUAAACAAAAAAAACUUAGCAGUAAGCGUGAAAUUUCAAAAGACUAUUAGUUGGAAUGAUGGGGUACAUUGAAUCAUAUGAAUGCAGCUCCAUCACUCAUCUUGUGGAUUUUAUUAUGCCAUUGUUUGAUUAUUUUAUGUUAAAACUUUUUAUCCUGUCAUUUGUAAAAGGGUUCUUGAUUUCAGUCAUAGAAAACAAAUUCUUGAGAUUUCUUACUUGCUAAUAUUUGUACAUAACAAAAUUCAGCAUGCUUUUUACUUUAAUGCAAUUGUACCAUGUGUUAAAAUUAAUUUUGAUUUUUACUUGUUUUGAUUGCUGUAGGAAAUGGUCCUGUUGAACCCUUUUCCCUUUUAAUAAGCAUCUAUUUCUUUAAGUUGUACAUACACAAUGCAGUUUUAUUUCAUAUUUUGCCAAAUUUCUGAUGACUCGGACUGAGAAGAGAAUGUGUGGUUUGUAAAUAAUUGAUCAUUUAGUAGUUCAUGUUAACCAAUCAACCCAACCACUUAUUUUAUGUUCAUUUUACAUUGUCCUUGUUGAUUACACUUGUAACCUUCAGAUUUUGUUGGAUGCUCCCUGUUAAGAACUUAUCAAAUAUAUUUGCUGCACUGCUAAUAUUUCAUGAAAAUAUUAUGAGAAGUAAAAAAUAGAGAUGGAAAGAAAAGUUGUUGAGCAUUUCGAAAAUGUGUGUGUUGUUAGUGACAUGUGAUUAUAUUAUCAACAAAAAGUAAAAUCAUAGCACUACUGCAAUGUACAUGUUAUUUCAGAGUUUUAGAAAGACUUUCUAAACAUGAAGUACAUGUCUUUUCAACCAGGUAGGAAAUUGGGUGAGUUCUAAGGUGGAUUCUUGAGCACAUAAUUACCUUUAGAUGUAUGUGUUUUCUCCUCUUAUAGUUCUUUGAUUGAAAAGAAGCAAAGUUGAUUUUGUGUUGUUAAGUGGCAAGGGAUUAUAUUAUUAACAAAACUUAAAAUCACAGCACUACUGCAAUUGACAGUACAUGUAACCUCAACAUUUUAAAAUCACUUUCUAAACAUGCUGUACAUGUACUUCGAAUUAGGUAUGAAAUGGGAUGAAAUCUUAGAUGGAUUCUUUAUAAUUACAUGAUGUGUUUUCUCCUCUCAUAAUUUUUUGCUUGAAUAGCAAUUGUAGUGGUCUCACAAGACCACAAUUCAAGUUAUGUGAGCCUUGGAAUUUGAUUUGGAUUUUCUGAGUGGGUUUUUAAGAAAUUAUUAUUGUAGUAUUUUUUAGUGACCUCAAAAUCAUUGAGCCGCGUUUGAAUUAAAAAGACUGCUUACUCGUUGGAUCUUUUCUUAUAACCUUUGGGCUUUGAAUAGCUGUAUUAAAAACUUUCAUUGAGAUGAAAUUCUGCAGAAUUACAAAA